CUACUGAAGACAGAUGAAGGUAAAGUGUUUAGAUAUAAUAACACUUUAGGAGGUACUUGGGUCUCAAUUCCAUUCAAUGAUACUGCAAGACCACAAGCUGAUCAACCAUCACUAGAAGAACCAUGGGAUUACAACAAGCAUCAAAUCCGUGGAGUCAACCUAGGAGGUUGGUUAGUCAUUGAACCAUUCAUCACACCAUACCUAUUUGAACCCUACAUCAAAUCAGAAAACCCACCAAUAGAUGAAUGGAGUUUAAUCAAAACUUUAGGUGAUUCAGCUAAAAAUGUCAUAGAAGAUCAUUAUAAAGAUUUUAUUAAAGAAGAAGAUUUUGCUCAAAUUGCUUCGGCUGGAUUGAAUUGGAUUAGGAUUCCGAUUGGUUGGUGGUUGAUUGAAAGUCAAGAGGAUGAACCAUUUCAAUCUGGUGUUUCUUGGAAAUAUUUGUAUAAAGCUUUUGGUUGGGCAAGGAAAUAUGGAUUAAGGCUUAAUUUAGAUUUACAUGCUGUUCCUGGUUCACAAAAUGGAUGGAAUCAUUCUGGAAGACAAGGAAAACAAAUUAACUUUCUUGCUGGUCCAAUGGGAAUUGUAAAUGCACAAAGAACAUUAAAUUAUAUCAUGACUUUAACCCAAUUCAUCAGUCAACCUAAAUAUAAAAAUGUAGUACCUAUGUUCUCAGUUUUAAAUGAACCUAAGAUUGGAUCUAUUACAAGUGCUGCUUUAAGAUCUUGGUAUUAUGAGUCAUAUAAAUUGAUUAGAAGCAUAGGUGGUCAAGGAGAAGGAAAUGGACCGUUCAUAGUGUUUCAUGAUGGAUUUCAAGGAGUUUCAGGUAUUGGUUCUACAUUAAAGAAUCCAUGGUCAGGGUUUAUGAAUGGAUCAGAUCGAGUCGGACUUGAUACACAUCCAUACUUAUGUUUUGGUUCACAAAAUAAUGAUAGUCUUGAGACAAAUUCAUUUAAACCUUGUAAACAAUGGUCUGCUCAUCAAAACUUUACAAUGGAUAGUUUUGGUUUAGCUAUUGCUGGUGAAUGGUCGUUGGCUGUGAACGAUUGUGGAAUAUUUGUAAACAAUGUAGGAUCAGGUAGUCGAUUUGAUGGAACAUAUCCAAGCCCAUCUUCACCAGAUCCUAAAAUCCCAAAGAUAGGUGAUUGUAGUUAUUGGAAUGAUCAUAGAAAAUGGACCAAAUCAUCAAAAGAUUCAUUUAUUGAAUUAGGUAAAACCACUCAAGAUUCAUUAAUCAAUUCAUUUUUUUGGACUUGGAAAAUCUCACAUUCAAUCUUACAAGACAAUCCACCUAAUCCAAUGUGGAAUUAUCAACUUGGACUUCAAUCUGGUUACAUUAGGUAA